AUGGCUUCAAUUUCAAGCGCACAGGCUGUUGAAAAUAUUAUUAGUUACAAUUUCCAACAUGGAUAUGAGCAGUUGUGUAGAGCGCUGACGGCAGCUGGAGUUCUAAAGGAAGAUUGGGAUGGAAAUCGAAAAUUGGCGCAGUUUGGUACUGCACUAAGCGAAUUCAUAUUGAACUACUUAGCCUUUGAAGCAGAAGCCACAAGAGCUAACGUCAAUGACUUUAAGAAAAGUGUGGCUAACAGUGAACACCGUGCGUCUAUUGCAAGACGGACAGGCAUCAGCGGCUACAUCAGGUUCGCCGACAGAGACGGCGCACAGUCACCAAGUGUUCAUGCGAAAGCGAUCAAUGCAAUUAUAGCGGCUGUCUUCUUUGAUUCUGGAAGAGAUAUUGGUAUCGUGGCUAGGACGAUGCUUCAUCUUGGUCUAUUCAAUACCGCUAGCCAAACUGUAGAUCCUUCUUUACUUUCUCUGAAUGAACUUCCGGAAUCGGUCGAUGUGAGCUCCCUUGCGCGAUCGCUGUUCAAUAUCGACGCUGGUCACUAUUCGUCAUUGUUUGCGGAUAGCAGUGGCCAGACUCCCUGGACAUGCUCUUGGAGCAGACGGCAUGCAGUGUCAAAUCUUCAGCAGCCACCGGCCAAGAUAAAUGUUUCAAUAGAAAUCGGAGAUGAUGGGCAGAACGCACCAACUCAGCAAAGCCAAUUUUCCCAGGCAGACGAAAUCAAUAUAGAAAUACCAAUCGAUGGAUCCCCUGGUAAAAGCCUACAAAAUGUAUCCUCUUCAUUGAUCGAUGGAGAGGAAAUAAUGAUAUGCGACAACAUCAAUGCUACAUGUGACUCUCGAAAACCUACAAAGAAACGAAUCAAUGUACACCAGGCUGACCUUCAACAGAGAAGGAAGCUCCAAAAACCCAAUGAUGAUUCAAGUACCAACAGAUUUGGGACACAUGCCAGUGAAGAAGAACGAGCAUGUCAAUCUCUUAGGCCGACAGCUCCGCAAGACGUCUUGCUUACGCCUGUUGUACAGCAAGAGACUCAGCAGUCGUGCAAAGGCAAGAUAGAAUCGUUCGAAAAGAUCCGGACAAAUAUUGGCAGUCCCUGCUUGAUAGGUGGACUACAAGACAUCCUCAAAUGGCGAAGGACACAGGAAAGCUGCCUUCUGUUUGAAACAAAGAUCACAGUCUCAACAGCGGAAAGAAUUCGUCUGAUUGAUAAGCUAGAUCGUACCAGUUCUUACUUUCAACUGCUUCGGAGACACCACAUCGUUGAGCUGUACAAGGACUGCACCAGCCCUAAAAUCUCCACUCUUGGAGUGCUGUUUACUUCCUCUGAUUUCUCAAGUUCGCCGCGUAGGCGCGGAAACCCGAUCAAUAAAUCUGUCGCCAACUUGACAGCAAGGAUGAUGCAAGAAACAUACCCAAGUGUUAAAUGCAAUACGAGUGAUUACAAAAUAAAGUAUCGGCGGAUAUCAUACCUGCGACGACUUGGCCAACGCUUACAUCUUCUGGAGACUAAAUUCGGUGAAGGCGUCCUGGGUAUCAUGCUAGAUCGAGGCUUCAGUGGGACCGAUGUCGGCAUCACCGAUGCGAUGAUAAUGACCCCCACUGAUACUGAGUAUGCUGCGUUUGUCGAAAUACUGGACAAUUGUCAGGGCACUUUGCUUCGCAGUCUCAGUAUGGCUGUUUUGCCUGUUGUGCAAGCUCUUACUGCUGGAGAUAUCGGCCAGCAGAGAACUUUCGCGAUUGAGAAGAUGACGGCGGAUGACAUCACAAAGUAUCAGAAAGAGUCCCCAGCAUUCUUGCAGCUCAUAUGUGGGCAAAUCUAA